AUGGCCGACUCGAGCAAAUCCUACUCCGCCGUCUCGGCGCCUGGUAAGGUCCUGCUGGCAGGCGGAUACCUCGUUCUCGACAGAGAGUACACGGGACUCGUCUUCGGUCUCAGUGCGCGCAUCCAUGUUAUCGUCAACGACGCAGUGACGCCCGAGGGCGCCGAACCGCUUAUUGUUGUCAAGAGCCCGCAGUUCAUCGAGGCGGAAUGGAGAUACUCCACCGCCAUUCUGGCAGAUGGUGCGGGGGUGGCUGUUAAGCAGUUGGAGAGUCCCUCCACCUCCCGCAACCCCUUCGUCGAAACAACCCUAACCUACACCCUCUCCUACCUAACCACCACCCAAUCCCUCACCACCCUCCCCUCCCUCUCCAUCACCAUCCUCGCCGACAACGACUACUACUCCCAACCCACCACCACCACCACCUCUUCCCCCUCCCCAUUCACAUCCUUCCCCACCCCCCUCUCCUCCGCCAACAAAACCGGCCUCGGCUCCUCCGCCGCUCUCACAACAGCCCUAACCUCCUCCCUCCUGCACCAGCUCCUCCCCUCUCCCCCCAGCCAGAUCCUGCAACACAACCUCAGCCAAGCCUGCCACUGCGCCGCGCAAGGGAAGAUCGGGUCUGGUUUCGACGUUGCAGCUGCUGUGUACGGGACGUGUCUAUACCGCCGCUUCUCUCCUUCCCUUUUGUCCACCAUCAGCGAUGCGAGUGGGCCAGGAUCCUCUGGGUUUGCGGAGAGGUUGAAGAGCGUGGUGGAGGAUGAAGAAAAGAAAUGGGAUACCCAAAUCGAGAAGGUCAGCGUUGCAAUCCCAAAGGGUUACGCAUUAGUGAUGUGCGACGUCGAUUGCGGCUCCCAAACCGUAGGGAUGGUGAAAUCCGUCCUUGCGUGGCGGGCGAAGGAAGUCGACGACGCUACGCCCAUCUGGACCUCUCUCCAAUCCUCCAACGAGAAACUCGCGCGCGCCUUGUCAGCGGGGAAGGAGGACGAGAUCAGUGCAGCGUUCACUGCGAUCCGGGCCCUGAUCCGGGAAAUGGGCGAGAAAUCAGGGGUCCCCAUCGAGCCCGCUGCGCAAACGGCCUUGUUGGAUAAGCUCGGGGAGGUGGAGGGCGUAGUAGGCGGUGUAGUCCCAGGAGCCGGUGGUCAUGAUGCUGUAGCGUUGUUGAUUAGGGAGGGUGAUGAGACGUUGGAGAGGGUGAAGGCGGUGUUGGAGGAGUGGAGUGCGAGGGGGGAGGGGAAGGUGAAGUUAUUGGGUGUUAAAGGGGAGAUGGAGGGGGUGAGGGUUGAGGGCGGGUUCGAGUAUGGGAAGUGGCUUGAAGAGGCUUGA